AUGAGCCCUGAGCCUGCAACACUGUUAGUUGGUGCACUACGUGUGGAUUUUUCCCAGCCUGUGAACCUGGACGAAGUGGCAAGAAUAAACCCAGAGGUCAAAGCAGGAGGUCGUUCUGCUCCAAAGGACUGUAUAGCACUUCAGAAAGUAGCAGUAAUCAUACCAUUCAGGAACAGAGAGGAGCACCUGAAGUACUGGCUCUAUUACCUGCACCCUAUUCUCCAAAGGCAGCAACUAGAUUAUGGAGUAUAUGUUAUCAACCAGGAUGGAGAAGAAGAAUUUAACCGAGCUAAACUGCUGAAUAUAGGAUUCGCAGAGGCUUUGAAAGAGUAUGACUAUGAUUGCUUUGUGUUUAGUGACGUAGACCUCAUUCCAAUGGAUGACAGGAACACCUACAAAUGUUACAGCCAGCCACGGCACCUCUCUGUAUCCAUGGAUAAAUUCGGAUUUCGGUUGCCUUACAAUCAGUAUUUUGGAGGUGUGUCUGCCUUGAGCAAAGAGCAGUUCACAAAGAUCAACGGUUUCCCAAACAAUUACUGGGGCUGGGGUGGCGAAGAUGAUGACAUUUACAACAGUUCCCGGGAUCCGAAGAACGAACCCAACCCCGAGAGGUUUGACCGAAUUGCUCACACAAGAGAGACAAUGAACUCUGAUGGCUUAAAUACACUAUCAUACAAGGUGUUAAGAACUGACAAGUACCCUCUGUAUACAAAGAUCACAGUGGAUAUUGGCUCGCCAAAAAGCUAA